AUGACGGUUUUUGAUGAAAUACAAGCAUUUAGACAGAAAAAGUUAUUAAAAAAGCUAAGAGAUGCUAAAGGAAAUGGAACAAGUAUGAUUUCAUUACUAAUACCACCAAAAGACCAAAUACCAAAUAUACAAAAAAUGUUGGUUGAUGAGCAAGGGUCAGCAUCAAAUAUUAAGAGUAAAUCAAAUAGAUUAUCGGUGUUACAGGCAGUUACAUCAACUGCAAAUAAAUUAAAAACAUUCAAUACAAUACCAAAUAAUGGACUAGGGUUAUUUGUGGGAGAAAUUUUAAAUUCAGAAGGAAAGAUUAAAAAAGUAUCACACGCAAUAGAACCAAUUAAACCAAUCAAUACAUCUUUGUAUAUGUGUGAUAGUAAGUUCCAUAUAGAAGAGUUACUUAAAUUAUUUGAAGAUGAGACAAAGUAUGGUAUAGUUGUAGCUGAUGGAACAGGAGCAUUAUUUGCAACACUUCAAGGUAACACACCGGAUGUAUUAAUGACAAUAUCUGAAAACCUACCUAAGAAACAUAGUAGGGGAGGACAAUCAUCAGUUAGAUUUGCUAGAUUAAGAAUAGAAAAGAGAAAUGCUUAUAUUAAAAAGAUAAAUGAAAUAAUUGUAUCGUUAUAUUUAACAGACUCAAUACCUAAUGUUGAGGGACUUAUAAUAGCAGGAAAUACAUACUUAAAAGAUGAAGUAAAGAAAACACUCGACCCAAGAAUUAACUGUAUUAACACAGUAGAUACAAAUUAUGGAGGUAAGAAUGGACUUAAUCAAGCAAUUGAAUUAUCAGAAGACGUACUUAAAGAUGUUAAAUUCACAAAGGAAAAGAAAGUUUUAAAAAAUUUUCUAUUUGAAGUAAAUAUGGAUACACAGAAGUACUGUUUUGGUUAUAAAGAUACGAUAAAUGCACUUGAGAUGGGAGCAGUUGAGAUUUUAAUAGUUUAUGAGAAUGUUGAACUUUAUCAUGAAGAUGAAGAGUUUGUUGAUUGGAUAGCAGAACAUUAUAAAGAUUUUGGAUGUAAAUUAGUCUUUGUUAGUGAUAAAAGUGCUGAAGGUUCUCAGUUUGUUGAAGGAUUUGGUGGAAUAGGUGGAAUAUUAAGAUAUGCUAUAGAAGUACCGGAUUAUGAUGAGGAUGUUUUAGAAGAGCUCAGUUCAUUCUCAGAUGAUGAAGAUAUUUUUUAA